AUGCCGGAUUAUAUAUUAGGGUCAGUUUCUGUCAUCUUUCAUACCGUCUGACAAUGUUGAGACAGCUCUCGAUCCAUUUUGUCUUCAACCAACCAAGCGGGUCUCAAAAAAUUUCUGAAAUUAUCCAACCACCAUAAACCCUAACCCUAAACCCUAAGGCCAUAUUGUCCAAUAUCCAGCCCCUAUGGCACCGGCGCUCGAGGUCGAAGAAGGAGCGCAAACUCCUGCCGUUAUCAAACUGGUACCAGUCAUCGAUGUCGAAGAAGACGCCCGCCGUGUUUUCCACAUCUUGAAAACCGGGGGAGUCGCGAUUAUACCAUCCAGCGUCGGAUACGGCGUUGUAGCCACGGACCCUGCCGCAUUGCAGAAGGUUUUUGUUACGAAGCGACGCAAGCCUCACAAGAAACACGCCAUGAUUGGAAGCUAUGCACUCCAUCAAGAGCUUCACGUCCUCCCGCCUCGAGAGGCAGGCAUGGUCAAGCUGUUGACUGUGGACCUGAGCCUGCCACUCGGCGUGGUCGCUCCGUUUAGGCCUGAUCACCCGAUCAUCCAGAAGCUUGGGGAAGAUAUGCUCUCGCGGAGCUCUGUGGACGGCACCCUCGCGAUGCUGGUCAACGGCGGCCCCUUCCAGGACGAGUUGUCCCGGCUGGCGGCCGAAGCUGGCUUGCCGCUCAUGGGCUCAUCGGCGAAUCUGACAGGGAAAGGCACCAAGUCCUUGGUCGAGGAUAUUGAGCCGGAGAUCAGAAACGCGGCGGAUAUUGUUAUUGACUAUGGUCGCCGACAGUACUCGUAUCCUCGUCCCUCGUCGACGAUGUACGAUUUCAAGUACAAUAAAUUGCUUCGCUUUGGCGCCUGUUACGAUUCCAUCAGGGACGUACUGAAUAGGUUUUAUCAUAUCAAUCUGCCAGACGACCCGGGGCGUGAUGUUCUCUUCUCUGGGCAUCUCGGAGAGUUGGCAAAUCAGUACUGAGUUUGGAAUGGAUUCGAUAUACUGUCU